AUGUGGCGGCUCUUUCUGCAGCGCUGCGAGCGCGAACGCGAGAGGGACACCGUGGCGGUGAUCGAUGGCGAAGGGAAGACGAGCUUCCAGGCGCGGAAGGGUUCGAUGGAGCUCCAGCGCCGUGUGGAGGCCUUAGCGGCUCGGAUCCCCCACGCGACGGUGAUGCCGCAGCGAGCGCAGCGAAACCUGGGCGUUUGCUUUGAGAGGACCUCGGUCUCGGCCGUGGUGGCGCUGUUGUCGGCCAUCCGCCAACAGCGCCCCUGCGUGCCGCUGCCCGCGCGGCUGGGCGACUGCGUGGGCCUGGGGCGAGAGCGGCUGAAGGAUCUGAUGGGCUUGGCGAAGCUGGGAGCAGUGCUUUGCAGCCAGCAGACCUUCAUGCAGGUUCUCAACUCUUGGCCUGGGAGAAGGGAGGAUGUUCUCGAUGUCGAGAACACGCCUGACACGCCUGUGCCUGUGCCACAUCACGCGCCCGACCACGUGGAGGAAGUGCCGUGGUGUUCCACGGAGCCCGGUCUUCCGCGGCUCUAUGUGAUCUUCACCUCGGGCUCGACGGGGCGACCGAAGGGUGUGGAGGGCUUGGAGAGCGGAUGUUUGAACCGGCUUUGGUGGCAGUGGCGCUGCUUCCCCUGGGCGCCGGGCGAGGUCUGCUGCGCCCACACCGCGCUGAGCUUCGUGGACCACGUGGCCGAGCUCUUCGGGGCCUUGCUGGCGCCUGCGGACGGGCCCGCGGACCGGCCUGGGCCCACGGUGGUUGGAAGCGCAGGGAUGGAGGUGCCCCAGACCCUGCGAUGCCUCAAGGAGCAUCAAGUCACACGACUGGUGAUUACACCCACGCUGCUGAAGGCUUGGUUGCUGGAGGCAGAGAAUUUGAGCUUCGAUCCCUGGAGGUCUUUGAGAAUGGUGAGCUGCUCUGGUGAAGUCUUUCCGCGGCACUUGCUGAAGCAGUUGGAGCAGGUCUUGCCCAGCAGCUGUCGAGUCCUGAACAUCUACGGCAGCACGGAGGUCUCGGGCGACGCGACCUGCGCUGAGCUGCCAGAGGAUGACCAAGCGGCUGCGCGAUGGUGGUCGCCCGAGCUGCCGUGUGGACGAGAAAUCCAUGGAGUUCAAGUCGAGGUCCUGCAUGUCAAGGAGGCAGGCGAGGAGCUUGAGGUCCAGCAGUGUGGAGAUGGAGAGGAGGGCGAAGUCUUUGUCUCCGGCGCCUGCGUCUCGUCCGGCUACUUCGAGGACCCCGUCGGCACCGCGGCGGCCUUCGGCGUCCGCGGCUUUCGCAGCGGGGAUCUGGGACGCUGGGAGCGCAGCCAAAGGUGCAACCAGCUCGUGAAGCUUCGAGGCCAGCGCGUGGAGCUCAACAGCGUCCAGUUGGCCUUGACCUCCCUGGAACUCGCCCAGCUGGCGCAGCUGGCAGCUCCGUCGCCGGAAGGCUCUUCGUGCCGCCCCAUCUUUCGGGACGCCUGCUGCGUGGUGCACCAGUCCGCUCUGGUGGCGGCCGUGGUCUUCUCCGGCCAAUGGGAGGGAUGCCGCGACCUGAACGCGGUGAGGUCCGCUCUGGCGGAGCUCCUCCCCGCCUGCGCGGUGCCGGCCCACCUGCUGGCGCUGCCGACGCUGCCGACGCUGACGAGCGGCAAGGUGGACCGCUGCGCGGUGCUCCGGGAGGUGGAGGCGUCCGGUCGAGGCCAUCCGGAGGUGGUGGAAGCGCUGGACGUGGUGGAAGCGCUGGUCCAGAGCGCCUGGCGUGAGGCGCUGCAGACGCUCCCGGAGGUUGAUGCGACGAGGUCCUUUACGCAAGCUGGAGGCGACUCAGCUCGGCUCAUGCAGCUGGCCUCGCAGCUGCGGCGCCGGUGGCCGAGGGAGGCCGCGGAGCCUCCUCCCUACGACGCGGUGCUGGAGGCCGCGGAGAAAUCGCGCGCGGCUCUGGUGGAGCUCUGCCAGAGAUGGCGGAAGCGGAAGCGGGAGUCCGUCGACGAGCCCUUCCCGUGCAGUCCGUGGCAGGGCAUGGAGCCGACUGCUCCGGUGGCCGCUCCAGCCGCCCCCGCUCCGGCUGCUGUGCUGCAGAAGGGCGGUCUCCUCGAAGGCGGAGACCUUGACCUCCGGAGGUGGUGCCUGAGCUGGCGAGCAGACCUGCACCAGUGCGUGGAUGCUCCACCACUCUUGGUUUUGGCGUCCACGAAGACUCCUCCCGUUUGGUGGCUGCUCAUUGGAUCUCACUCCCAAGAGUUGGGAUGCUUUGUGGCAGACACCGGAGAGGAGCGCUGGCGCCUUCGCUUGAGCGAUCGCAUCGAAGGCGGUUGCACCGUCGGAUCCACCGGCAGGGGAAGGCAUCGGGUCUUCGUGGGAUGUUACGACGGACAACUCCAUUGCUUCGACCUGGAGUUUGGCAAUCUCCUCUGGAGCUCCUUCGUGGCGCACCAGGACGAAGACCGCGAGAUCAAACAUGCCCCGGCCCUGCUCGGAGCACGGACCGUCCUCGUGGGCACCCACGGCGGUCGCCUCACGGCGCUGGACGCGGAGGACGGAGCGCGCCAGUGGAGCCUGACGAUGCCGGGCGCGGUCUUUGCAGCGCCGGUGGUGGAGGGCUGGAGCUUGUAUGUAGCCACCACCUCUGGGCAGUCCUUGACGAAGUUCCGGUGUCCGUCAGACCUCUCCGCUCCACCGCGCGCGUGGGCGCGGCGCCUGUCGGCGCCCCUCUUCGCCACGCCGGUCGUGCUGAGCGGCGCGGGCGCGCUGCUGGUGGCCUCGGUGGACGGCGUGGUGCGGAAGCUGGCGGAGUCCGAUGGGUCGGAGCGCUGGAGCGUGCAGCUGGAUGGGCACACCUUUGCGGCUCCAUGCGUCUCAGGGCCCUGUGCGGCCAUCGGCACCCAUGGCGGCUCCGUCUUUGGGCUGUCGCUGCACCGGGGCGACGUGCUGUGGAAAGCUCAGCUGGGCGAUGUGGUCUAUGGCACUCCCUUCGCGCUGGGAUCUUCCACCUUCUGCGUGGUGACGCGCAAGGGCCGACUAUGCUUCCUGGAGGGCCAGGAGGUCUGGGAGGCAGCGCAACUGGAAGGGGAGGUGUUUUCUUCGCCGGUGGCCUGGAAUGCCACCGAGAACACAGCGACAGGUACUGAGAAGAUCCACAACCUACCUGCUCUACCAGAAGAACGCAUCUGUGUUUGGUUCCAGAAGGGAAAAUGCAAGAAUGGGACAAAGUGUCAGUUUAUGCACGUGCGGCAAGAACGCGAUGGAAAUGUUGUAGUGGUUCGAAACUUGGCAAAGUCCACUGAUCCUGAAGUACUGGAAACCGAACUCUUGCAGCACUUCAAGACAUACGGGUACGUGACUCGCAUUCAGGUGAAGACAGAUUUAAACAAUCGAUGCCGAGGAUUUGCUUUUGUUGUUUUUGCAGAUGCAAACUCCGCACUGGAGGCAUUGAAAUGCCCGCACCCAUUUUGGAAUAUCAAACUCAAGUCCGAUUUGCCAAUGUACAUUGAGGGUGAGACAAGGCCAAGCAGGAAAACCCAUUCGCAGGAUCGUGUGUCUUCUCCAGCCCGGCUAGCAUUUACGAGAAAUCAGACGGUGCUGCUUAUUGGUGAAGGUGAUUUUAGUUUUGCAGCAGCUUCGGUGGCGAUGGGGUGCCUAGAUCCAUCAAACACGCUUGCCACAUCAGUGGAACCUCCACGUUGCACAAAGCAUCUGGAGUACCUGUAUGCCAAGGGCAUGGAGUGCCGAACAGAUGUAGAUGCAACAUCGUUGACAUUCACAGAAUCAUAUGAUGUCGUGGUGUUCAAUUUUCCACACACCGGUGAGCCUAGCAUCGAAGCUAACGUCACCUUGCUGAAGAGAUUCUUUCGAAGCGCGGUGGAUUUGCUGCUUCCGGGUGGCAUUGUGGCCGUGUCUUUGAAGCAGACCUGGCCAUAUUCGGAGUGGAAUCUGGAAGGUUGUGCAGCAAUGGCCGGCUUGCAAAAGGGGGCGGCAUAUCUUUUCCCUGCAGAGACGCUUCUGCGACAUGGCUACACGCAUACGACCACCGAUGAUAUUCCCCACGAAGUGGAGCAUCUCGAAGGUGCAAAGACUGUGGAGUUCAUCAGAGCCAAGGACUAA